UUUGAGCAACCAUGGCUAAGGAGAGGAGCCGGAUCCUUUGGUAAGACGGUUUAAAUAAUUGUUCGGAUUUGGAAGAUCUUAUUAUCUUAUCCUCGCCGGUCCUUUACAGUCUCACUCAUGGCGUCUCCUAUUGCAAUUAGCCUUUCAUCUCACUCACUGAUCCAAAACGAAUUGAAAACCUGCAAAUCCACAUUCAAAGCCACUUAUUGUCUUCAAAAUUUCCGAUUUGAGUGUCUUCGAGCUACCAAAUCUUCUUCUCAGGCCUCCCUUCACCAUUUGAACAACAACCUUUUCCCCACUGAAACCGCUCACCAAUGUAGAAAUUGCUUCAUUUCUCACGAAGCAACUCUACUCUGGGCUAGCUCUCCACAAGAGCAGAUUCCAGACUUCCAGGCUCUUCCAACCUCGCGACUAAACCAGCUUCCCAUAAGGAAAGCCAAUUCUUUUGGGGAAACAUUGAUUAUCCAUCACCCAAAUUGUUCAAAGAACCGACUCCCAAUUGACAGGACAGUUUCUUUUCUGAAAAAUAUGUCUACCCAUUUCUCAGGUUUUCUAGGAGACCUUUUGGUUUUCGAAAUGGCUUCCUUUCUAAAAUGUUUUCUAAAACUCCACCUCUUCCUUGUGCUACUGGGCUUCUCUGCUCCAUUCCCCUGCUUUGCCACUGAAGAAACCAUUCGAAAUGAGGAGCUCCCGGGUAAAAUCAGUCUGGAGUCGGUUCUAAUUGCAAUUGAUGAUUUUUUCAACAGGAAUCCAUUUUUUGUCGCUGGAGUUACUUUCGUUUGGCUUGUUGUGAUUCCUCUAACCCAAGGAUACCUGAAGAAAUACAAGUUUAUCUCUGCGAUUGAUGCAUUUAGGAAGCUCCGGGACAGCCCAAACGCCCAACUUUUGGAUAUUAGGGACAAACGGAGUUUGCUAUACGUCGGUUCUCCCAAUUUGAAGGUUUUUAAGAAGAGGGCAGUCCAGUUUCAGUUCUCUGAAGGAAAAGAAGAGCAUUUUGUGCAGGAGGUAUUGAGGAGCUUUAAGGAUCCACAGAAUACCACUCUCUGCGUUCUUGACAACUUUGGUGGUAAUUCCAUGCAAGUAGCUGAGUUAUUAUUUAAGAAUGGGUUCAAAGAGGCUUAUGCAAUCAAAGGCGGGCUUCAAGGAAAGGACGGGUGGCAGGAAAUACAAGAAUCCCUUUUGCCACCAGCUGUUCAUGUAUUCCCGAAGAAGGGUAAAUCAUCAAAGCAACUUGAGGUAAAUGGGGUUCUCAACAAACUGACCGAUGAGAAUGGCCAAGAAGAACCCUCUUUUCCAACUGUUCAUACAGGAGGAGUCAAAGUGGUGGCAACUGAACAAAGAAAGACGAGGGUAUCCUAUCCGCCGACAAAUCUUGGCUCUGGAAGGCCGUUAUCUCCCUAUCCAAAUUACCCAGAUAUGAAACCACCUUCUUCCCCAACUCCAUCGAAGCCUUCAAGUUGAAUAAUCUGUUGAACCAUUGCAUGACAUUGGCAUAUCUGGAAGAACUUCUCCUGGACCAUGUUGAGGGUGAAAUUUUAUUUUUCAAUUCUCUUCAUUUGGUUUUUAUUUCUAAGUUAUGGUUUAUUCAUUUAACUUUUAUAUUUGCAUUUUCUUCUUUAAGGAUUACAGAAGAUGUGAGGAGGGAUGUGAGAUUAGUUCUCUACUUAUUUCAGGAAUGUUAAAGGUACUCUCUCCAUUGCUCAGUGAUCAUGAAAACCCCUUGGCCUUAAAACUUCAACAUGGGAGUCUGUAUUACUAUGAUCAACCAUGGGGGAAUGGUAGGGGUUUUGUUUUUCUGUUAGCAUGUUGCAGGAACCAUGUCGUCAUUAUCAAUUAUUUUGAAUCUCCAACACGAAACCUGUUAAAAUACGUCA